AUGAAAAUUCUCGGGGAACAAAGAAAGACUUUGUUUCUCCUAUGUUUUAUUGCAGUUUGUGGCGUAGUAGCCAAGGAAAAUAGAAAAGGAGGUAGGCCUAAUGGAGGAAAGCGCCAUUGGGCAAUAUAUAAGACAAUCCAGACAGAAGAUGGUGACAUUUUUGAUUGCAUAGAUAUCAAAUCUCAGCCGGCAUUCGACCACCCACUUCUUAGAAACCAUUCAAUACAGAUGGAACCAAGCUCACAUCCUAUUGGACUCGAUGGCAACUCGAUACCAGAUACAACAUUAGAGUCUAGUACCCAUUUGGUUUCGUGUCCCUUGGGAACAAUUCCAAUAUGGAGAAGUGAGCAACACUAUCCUAUAGUUGACAUUAAGGAACUAACUCAACAAAUAUACACAAGGAAUAUUACUCGGAAUAAUAAGAAUAACACCACUUCGGUUUGGCAAAGUAACGGAGGUGACAAGGCUGCUAGAUUUCAUAUUUUCUAUGACAAUGGACAAAAACAAUGCUUUGAUCUAAAAUGCCCCGGAUUUAUACAUACGAGUCCAAAUAUACCUUUAGGGGGGAAAUUAUCGCCAAUCUCGAAGUACGAUGGGCCACAAGCUCAUAUGAACACUUUUGUUUAUCAGGAUACAAAUUCAAACUGGUGGGUAAAAUUCGGCAGGGAGAGCACUGUAGUCGGAUAUUGGCCAGGUGAACUCUUCGGUUACCUAAAAUCGAAGGGUACUGUUGGCUACUGGGGUGGUUUGGUUGAAGGUCCUACAAUUAAAUAUAAGCCACCACCCAUGGGUAGCGGACACCCUGCUUCAGAGGGAGAUGGUAAAGCAGCCUAUGUGAAGAACAUCAAAAUUGUGACAAGAGAUCAUCAGCUCGUGACUCCAAUGUCUCGCGAGUUUGACGUGGCCGUAGAAAAUCCGAAGUGCUACUCGGUUGCUCACAAAUCAGACCAAGAUGGUGGAGUACAUGCAAAUUGGGGUGGUUCCGGGGAUUGCACCCUCUGA